UUCGUGUCGACGCGCAUCGCUGCUGCCCACGACCCUUUGGUCCUUCCUUUUCCUCCCGCCCAACCCUCGCAGACGUAGUCGCCAUGUCUGAUACCUUGGGGGAGAAGGCCGACCGCACCAGCUCGCUGGAGAAGGGCGUCGUGCACGACUAUGUCACGACGCAGACCGACAGCAAGUAUCACUUCGACGCUGCCGACCUCGAUCGCGUUCAGCGCAGGCUGAAACAGCGUCAUGUACAAAUGAUCGCUAUCGCUGGUACACUUGGUACCGGUCUGUUCUUGGGUUCCGGUCAUGCGCUUCAAGCUGCUGGUCCUCUCGGUGCGCUCAUCGCCUACGCGUUCGUCGGCACGACCGCGUAUGCUUCUCUGUGCGCGGUGGGCGAAAUGACAUCGCAUGCGCCGAUCUCCGGUACGUUCCCGCACUUCGCGGCGCGCUGGGUCGACCCUGCGUUCGGUUUCGCUGUCGGUUGGAACUACUUCUACACGAACGCGAUAUCCGUGCCUGUGGAAAUUACUGCUGCCGGCCUCCUCCUGACGUUCUGGGACGAUAACACGAACCAUCAAGCGGGCUACACUGCGGUAAUCAUUGUUUUGUGCUGCGCGAUCAACAUUUUCGGCGUGAGGUGGUUUGGAGAGUCUGAGUUUAUCUUCUCGAUCAUCAAGCUGCUGUUGAUCACCAUCCUCGUCAUCACUGGCCUGGUCAUCGAUCUCGGAGGAGCUCCUAAGCAGCAGCGUCUCGGCUUCCACUACUGGAAGAAUCCCGGUCCGCUCAAUGGCGCCGACCUUACUCCUAAAAAGCCGUCUCUUGAUAAGUUCCUCGGUAUCUUGACGGUGCUCGUCCAAGCUGCAUUCUCCUUCCAGGGUAUGGAGCUUGUUGCUGUCGCUGCAUCAGAGACUGCGAGCCCGCGCCGCAACGUCGCCAAGGCCGUGCGCCGUGUGUUUUGGCGCAUCCUCAUAUUCUACUUGCUCGGCGUGCUCGUCACCGGCAUGGUGGUCCCCUUCAACGAUCCUAACCUACUGUCCGACACCGGCAACGCUGCCGAGUCACCCUACGUGAUUGCCAUGACUCGCGCAGGCAUCAAGGUGCUCCCGCACAUUAUCAACGCAGGCAUCUUCACCUCCGCGUUCUCCGCUGGCAACUCUUUCCUGUUCUGCUCAUCGCGCGUGUUGUACGGGCUCGCGUUGCGCGGACAGGCCCCGAGGUUGUUCACGUACUGCACGAAGAACGGGCUGCCGCUAGCUGCCGUUAUCGCGUCGAGCUGCUUCUCGCUGCUGGCAUUCAUGAACGUCAGCUCGGGCGCGGAGACGGUCUUCAACUGGUUUGUGAACCUCUCCACCGUCGGGGGGUUCUUUGGCUGGUUAGCGAUGAAUAUCACGUAUGUUUUCUUCUACCGUGGUUUCAAGGCGCAGGGCCUAGACAGGACGAAGCUCGUGUACCACAGCGGGCUUCAGCCGUGGCUCUCGUACUGGGGCAUCUUCUGGAUCACAAUCUUCAUCCUCAUCAACGGGUUCAACGUCUUCUUCGACUUCAACGCCUCGGGAUUCCUCACCGCUUAUAUCAACAUCCCGAUUUUUGCGGUGCUCUACUUCGGUUGGAAGAUCUUCAAGCGGACAAAGGUCUGGAAGCCUCACGAAAUGGACUUCGUCACUGGCAUCCCAACCGUCGAGGAGACGGAGGAGCCCGCACAACCUCCAGUCACCAUCGGAGAGAAGAUUGCCGCGAUCCUAUUCUAAGCUCCCCAUCACCACGUCGUGGAGAUCAGGGCGUGCGGCACUGUGAUUAUCUUAGCUUCCACCACAUCCCCACUCCACGGGGUUACUGUAGUUGUAGGCACGCGUCACGACAUUCCUGUUCUCGCAUUUUCAUAUACCAUAAGGCCUCUUCGGGACUCGCCCGUGAUUGUGUUGGGAGACCUGUGCCUGAGCAAUCUGGCCAAGCCAAUCAGUCAAGGUUGCUUGGAGAUCAU